AUAUAUUUAUCACUUGAAUUCUUUUCUUGUGCUGCCAUAUAUCCAAAAACUUUAUUAAAAAAAAUGAAAUACAAUGAGAUAUAUCAUUUUAGCCAUCCUCAACACAAGCUAAGAUUUGAAUACUCAGAAUUUCCAUUCAAAUGUGAUGGUUGUAAGGAAGUAGGCAUAGGGUCUCGUUACAAAUGCACAACUUGUGACUAUGAUCUCCAUAUGCAUUGUGCAAUUCCUUCUGCUUCAAUUACUCAUCCUUUUUACAAAAAAUGCUCUUUUCAGUUCCUCUCUCGUCCUCCGGGAAGCGUGCCGCGCUACUGCAACGCUUGUGAGAAGGAUAUUACUGGAUUUUUAUACCAUUGUAAUUCUUGUGGAUUUGAUCUUCAUCCAUGUUGUGCAAAGCUUCCUAUGGUUCUUGAUGAUGGAGAAGUAAAGCUUUACUUGUAUAGAAAGGUAAGUGCAUCAUGCCACAGAUGCGGGAGGAAAGGAAGAAGUUGGAGUUAUAGAUCAACAUGCAAGAAAUACAAUUUGCACGUAGCAUGUGUCAAAGAGAUGCUUGUGGAUAGUUGGCAUGAGAUCUACUUUGGUCGUGCCAAUAAUAAUAAUACUUAUAAUAAUAGUAGUAAUAAUUGUAGAAAACUGGAGAAUAGGAUCCCAAGUCUCAAAGGAACACUUCAAACUCAUCAUCGAAAAAGCAAAGGCAAAGUUCAGAAAUGUUGUGAGAUGGCUGGUUUAGCUCUGCAGUUUAUUAUAUCUGCAGUUCUUGGAGAUCCUACUACUCUUAUUGCUGGGGUCGUUGGUUCAUUAAUGUCAAAAUAAAUGCAAAAUUAAACCAGCUUAAUUAGUUGGAUUUUAAUUUCUGGUGAAGAUGGGAGAUCUCUCUAGAGUGAGAGACUUGAUUAAAGACCUAAUCAAAGAAGUUGGACUAAUAAUAGUUAUGAUGUGGAAAAGAUGGUGGAGGUUAGGAUGGGGAUAUUGAACCACUAAUGUAGAAAUUUAUGUAUUUAUGAUACAUGCAUAUUUUCUGA